AUGGCCACCUCAUUGGUCAUUCUGGCUCUCGGGACACUCCCUGGACGUGUUCAAGGUCUCUCGGUCAACACCCCGCAACACGUCACACAGUGCGAAUCCACCACUAUCAAAUGGAACGGCGGCGUAGGACCCUACGAUUUGACUAUUUCUCCUCCCGACUCCGACCCCCAGAACGUAGUAUCGUUCUCUGGGCUGACAGGACUUACGUUUUCUUGGGAUACGAACAAGCCCACAGGAAGCAAUCUCACUAUUUUCCUGACCGAUGGGAAUGACGGCACACUGGCACAGAGCUCGCCGUUCAUCGUCGGGCCUAGCCAGGAUGAUAGUUGUUUGGGGAGCCAGCCAGGCGGCAGUUCUACACCCCCGAUCACCACAACCUCCACGACGAUAACCACCAGUUCCAGCAGUCUUGACACUAUAGACUCUGCUCCCACCCCAACGCCUUCUUCGUCUUCUCGACCCAGCACAUCGAAUCCCCGACAACCUCCCACCAGCUCGCCUUCCACAUCUGCAGUCUCGACGUCUGUCAUUGCGGGAUCAUCGAAGUCCACGGCGGCAACAUCUGGAGCUGAGCGAACAAACUCAAACGCAACAUCAACGCCGCCUAUUUCCAUCAGUUCUGCGUCUUACAACACGACCUCCUCUGCACAGGGCACCCCUUCCGACCCUACCCUCAGCCCCAUGACAUCCGCAGCUCGUGCGCAAAGUCCACCCACCACGACCUCUAUCGGACUCCCCGAACCAUCUCAGAGUACGGCGGAACGACAUACGUUGAGCACGGGAGCCGUCGUAGGCAUCGCGGUUGGCAGCUUUGGGUCGAUCAUCUCCCUGUUGGUUUGCUGGUUGAUAUGCCGCCGCAGGCGGGCGGCCGCGCCUGCAAAGUCAUCCGGAGUCGUGAAAGUGCCCGUAUUCCCCCCACAGCCGACAACGCCGUCGGCCAAAGGUGCUCACCUGAGGCCAGAGCAUUCUAGGAGUACCGAGUCGACCCCUCGAUUACCUGCGCAGACGCACUCCUCGCAGCAGUCGCAUAGGGAGGUACUGCACAGCGCGACCGAUCCGCCCCCGCCGCCUGUGGAGAGGGCACAGUCUAUUGUCCCCAGCGAUCGCUACAGCGCCCUCGUAGCACUGGCCGGCGCCGCGCCACCCGUGUCCAUCGCAUUACUGCAGCGCACUUCCAACAGCGCUCAGAGCGCGAGAACGCCGCAGAGCCUGCCAGCCACGCGGGAGCCUCGAUACGAGACGGACGGCGGUGUUCGCCUCGCGGGAGGACCUUUGGGCGCUGCCCUAGAUGACGAUGUCUUGAGCGAUGUGCAUUCGACAUUUCCGCCGCCGUACGAUACGUAUUGA